GGAGACAUAAAAUGCCCCAGUAUGGCUGAACAGCUCAUGGUCAAGCCACUACUACACUUGUCAAACCACUGCCAGCUCCUGGCCGCCAGUUUGCAAAAAUCAUGACCAAUAGGAGGGGCUGCAGUGGCAGAAGGAUCACUGUGGAAUCUGCCCACAGAGGGUCCCCACCCACCUCAGAGUCAAUACAGCCCUCACUGAGCACUGGGCACAGCCUCUGAUCUAGGGGACACAGAAUGAGUAAGACAGACAGACAGAAAUGCCUUUGGGUGCUCUUGGCUAGUAGAGAAGGAGCUCGCUGACAAUGCAGGGUCGCUGGCUGACAUCUUCAAGGGGGACCAGAAGACGUUACCAACUCAGGAAGUCUGAGCUGUCGCUCACCUGCUAUACAAAAUGAUAUUCCUCACAACACUGCCCCUGUUUUGGAUUAUGAUUGCAGCCUCUCGAGGUGGUCACUGGGGUGCCUGGAUGCCAUCGUCCAUCUCAGCCUUCGAGGGCACGUGCGUCUCCAUCCCCUGCCGCUUCGACUUCCCUGACGAACUUCGGCCUGCUAUUGUGCAUGGUGUCUGGUAUUUCAAUAGCCCCUACCCAAAAAACUACCCCCCAGUGGUCUUCAAGUCACGCACCCAAGUUGUCCAUGAAAGCUUCCAGGGCCGCAGCCGCCUCCUUGGGGACCUGGGCCUGCGCAACUGCACCCUCCUGCUCAGCAACCUCAGCCCUGAGCUCGGCGGCAAGUACUACUUCCGCGGGGACUUAGGGGGCUACAACCAGUACACCUUCUCUGAGCACAGCAUCCUGGACAUCAUCAGCACCCCCAACAUCGUGGUUCCCCCAGAGGUGGUGGCAGGCACGGAAGUGGAAGUCAGCUGCAUGGUGCCUGACAAUUGCCCGGAGCUGCGCCCAGAGCUGAGCUGGCUGGGCCAUGAUGGGCUCGGGGAGCCCACCAUUCUGGGUCGGCUGCGCGAGGAUGAGGGCACCUGGGUGCAGGUGUCACUGCUACACUUUGUGCCCACUAGAGAGGCCAAUGGCCACCGGCUAGGCUGCCAGGCCUCCUUCCCCAACACCACCUUGCAGUUUGAGGGCUACGCCAGUCUGGACGUCAAGUACCCGCCUGUGAUUGUGGAGAUGAACUCCUCGGUGGAGGCCAUCGAGGGCUCCCAUGUCAGCCUGCUCUGUGGGGCUGACAGCAACCCACCGCCGCUGCUGACCUGGAUGCGGGAUGGCACGGUGCUCCAGGAGGCAGUGGCCGAGAGCCUGUUCCUGGAGCUGCAAGAGGUGACCCCCGGGGAGGACGGCAUCUAUGCCUGCCUGGCAGAGAACGCCUACGGCCAGGACAACCGCACCGUGGGGCUCAGCGUCAUGUAUGCACCCCGGAAGCCAACAGUGAAUGGGACAGUGGUGGCUGUGGAGGGGGAGACAGUCUCCAUCUUGUGCUCCACACAGAGCAACCCAGAUCCUAUUCUCACCAUCUUCAAAGAGAAGCAGAUCCUGGCCACAGUCAUCUAUGAGAGUGAGCUGCAGCUGGAACUGCCUGCUGUCACACCUGAGGAUGAUGGAGAGUACUGGUGUGUGGCUGAGAACCAGUAUGGCCAGAGAGCCACUGCCUUCAACCUAUCUGUAGAGUUUGCUCCUGUGAUCCUUCUGGAGUCUCACUGUGCAGCAGCCCGAGACACUGUGCAAUGCCUGUGCGUGGUGAAAUCCAACCCAGAACCUUCUGUGGCCUUUGAGCUGCCCUCACGCAACGUGACGGUGAACGAGACAGAGCGGGAGUUUGUGUACUCUGAGCGCAGUGGCCUCCUGCUCACCAGCAUUCUUACACUGCGGGGACAGGCCCAGGCCCCGCCACGGGUCAUCUGUACCUCCCGAAACCUCUAUGGCACCAAGAGCCUGGAGCUGCCCUUCCAGGGAGCCCACCGCCUGAUGUGGGCCAAGAUUGGGCCUGUGGGAGCUGUUGUUGCCUUUGCCAUCCUAAUUGCCAUCGUCUGCUACAUUACCCAGACACGCAGAAAAAAGAAUGUGACAGAGAGCCCCAGCUUCUCAGCAGGAAACAACCCCCCAGUACUGUUCAGCAGUGACUUCCGCAUCUCUGGGGCACCGGAGAAGUAUGAGAGUGAGAGGCGCCUGGGAUCAGAGAGGAGGCUUCUGGGCCUUCGUGGAGAGCGCCCAGAGCUGGACCUGAGCUUUUCUCACUCAGACCUGGGAAAACGACCCACCAAGGACAGCUAUACCCUGACAGAGGAGCUGGCUGAGUAUGCUGAAAUACGUGUCAAGUGAGGGAGCUGGGGGCAGCCUGUUGGCAACCACCCCCUCAGGACCCUCACUGGCCCCCACUGGCUGUGGACUCCCUUCCUCCCAAAAGUAGCGAGCACUGGGGCAGGAAAGGGAUGGGGCAGGUGACAGUGAGGUCUUGGGAGCUUGGCCUCCCCCUCCUUCCCAGCUACCCCCACCCUGCCAGCACCUCACCCUCACAGUGUGGCUCCCCUCUAACCUCCUUUAACCUCGUCUGUCUGGAGGGGAGUUUCGUCUCUUUGUGUUAUUUAUUACUAUCCCCCACCUGGUCUUCUCCCCCAUACCUGGCCCCAGGGUCUGUACUGA